UUUUGACGAAGGAAGAGUUGAAGCAACAUGGAAGCCAACUUCUCCUCCGCGUUCAAGGUUCCUGGUUGGUUGUUCCUAUAAAUAUUACGCCUUUUUUGCCUCAACACACGCAAAUCCCAAAUUCCUAUCUUUGAGUUCUGAGGAAUCAACUUGUUUCAUCUUUUCAAUACCAAUCAUGAAUUCCAUCUUUAGCUCCUUCGAUGCACUCUGCGCUGAAUUCUUGGGCCAAACUAUUAGAUCCUCUUUUGCUUCUGCAUCUACGGAUAACUUGAUCAAGAAGCCGCAGCAAAGCUCGUCUUUACGGUCGACUGCCGACCGAAAACAGGAGCAACCAACAAGCAAGGCCCCGAGGUUUGCACCGGAGCUUGAUGGGCUCAACUUUUUCGAGACCCUUGUUAAGUAUUGAUUCUUGAUUCUGCUGUUGGGCGUCCAUCUUAACAUUCUUACUUGUACAAAUCAGCAAACUUACUGCUGAGAUUGUUAUGGAAUUCUUUCAUUGAUUCAAUCCGAAGUUGUUCUAAGCUUAAUUUGAA